AUGGCUUCCAACAUGGCCGCCUGGCUGACUGCCGAAAAGGCGCAUCCGUUCGAGGUCAAGCCCGCUCCGCUCGCAACGCCAGGCGAGGGCCAGAUCCUCGUCAAGAACCGUGCCGUGGCCAUGAACCCUAUCGACUGCAAGCUUCAAUUCAAGGCGCUGUACCCGCUGAAAUACCCGACCAUUCUCGGGCACGACGUCGCGGGGGAGAUCGUCGCCGUCGGACCCCACGUGAGGGGGUUCGCCGUGGGCGACCGAGUCGUCGGCAACACCGUCGGCUUCAACACGAAACGCGACACGGAGAUGGGCUUUCAGGCGUACACGGUGCUCGAGACGCGCCUGACGAGCAAGAUCCCGGACGCCAUCUCGUUCGACCGGGCCGCCGUGCUUCCCCUUUCCGUGUCGACCGCCGCGGACGGUCUCUUCAACGUCGACUGCCUCGCCCUGCAGCUGCCCACCGUCCCGGCGCGUGCUCCCACGGGGGAAACGCUGCUCGUGUGGGGCGGCGCCUCCAGCGUCGGGUGCAGUGCCAUCCAGCUGGCCGUCGGCGCGGGCUACGAAGUCGUCGCGACCGCGUCGCCUGCCAACUUCGCGUACGUGACCCGCCUCGGCGCGAGCCAGGUGUUCGACUAUAACAAAGCGGACGUCGUGAAGGAGGUGCUCGCCGCCCUGGAGGGCAAGACGCUGGUCGGGGCGUUCGACGCCGUCGGCGGGCCGGCUUGGGCCCCCGCCGCCGAGGUCGUCCAUCUGCACGAGGGAUACAAGAAGGCCAAAGCGCGAUCGGACACACCGGGGGAGGGGAGAAGAUUCGUCACCACCGUGACGCCCCGGUUUCCGGAACCUCCCGUGGGCGUUACCAUGGAGCAGAUGCUCGCGCUGUCACUUCGGGAUAAUAACCUUGCGGGGCCCAUUUGGGGGGAGUAUUUGCCCAAGGCGCUUCAAGAGGGGACGUUUGUCCCGGCGCCGGAGCCUCUGGUGGUGGGGCACGGGUUGGAAUGUAUCCAGACCGGGGUUGAUACUCUGGAAAGGGGCGUCUCGGCGCGGAAGGUCGUCGUGACAUUGUGA